AUGGACGUACGAACCUUCAUCUCAGACAACUUGAUAAAGCUGGUGGGCGGCUCGGAGAACAUGAUUGUCGACUUCGUCCAGCAGACUGCCACUUCCGUCAAGAACCCCGAUCAGCUUCACGACAAGCUCCAAUCUAUGAUUGAUGCCGACGACAAGGAUUUGCGCACUUUCAGUCAUCAGCUUUUUGCUCGCCUACCAAAGUCCGACAAGUCUUCUUCCUCAUCACGACCAAAGGAUGCCUCGACCAAGGACUCAAAGAAGCGCUAUGCCCUCCUCGACAUGAAUGUCGAGGAUGAACAGCCUGUACGAUGGCGACNNUUUGACGACCGCUGGGGUGAUGAAGACUAUGACGAGGAAGAGGAGGAACCUGAAGAGGAACAGUCGCGUCCAUCCGCCUUGAAGCGUGCAAGACUUGACAAUGGUUCCGCCUCUCCUCGUCGUUCAGCUUCACCCGUAGAAGAUGAAGAAGAACGCGAUCGCAAGGAGCGCAUUGCUUUCGAGAAGCGUCUAAGAGAGAAGGAUGAACGCGGUACCAAGAAGAUUGUCGAGGAUCGCUCGAAGCAUGAUUCCGCAUCUCGACGUGCCUUGGCCGAUGACCCUAAGCAAAGAAAGGCACAACUCGACGAUAUCAGAUUACGCUCUCGUCAGGAAUAUUUGAAGAAGAGAGAAGCUCAGGAACUUGCCCUGCUCCGCAAGCAAGUCGCUGAGGAACAAAUGGAACUUCGCGAGAACCCGCUACUCACAGCUCAGGAGAAGGCCGAAUUUGAGAAGAACAAAAGGACUCUCGAAAUUGCUGAAGAGCGUCUACGUAUCGACGACCAUCUAGAAGGCUAUGCUCUUCCGGACGACUACAUCACAGAAAAGGGCAAAAUAAGCCGGAAAGCCAAGUCAGAUGCCUUGAACAGCCGUCAUGUCGACCGAGACGAGUAUGGAAGAGAAAGAUUUGUUACUGAACAUGAAGAAUGGGAGAAUGAACAGCUCGCCAAAACGAAGGCCCAGAUAAUGGUCUCUGAGCGUGUGAACGAAGCCGACUACGAAUAUGUCUUUGAUCAGGACCAACAAAUCCAAUGGAUGACUGACCGUGUCAUGUCGGGUAGCAUGCAGCAACAGACUCAGGAGGAACGCCAGCUGGCCCAACAGCUCGUUGCUGCUGAAAGGAAAGCUAAGACCAUUGAGGAAAAGCGAAAGACUUUGCCCGUGUACACGUAUCGAGACGAGUUCCUCGCUGCCGUUGACAAAUACCAAGUCUUGAUCGUUGUUGGCGAAACUGGUUCCGGAAAGACUACACAACUACCCCAAUAUCUUCAUGAACACGGAAUGACCAAGGACGGCAAGAUGGUAGGCUGUACACAACCUCGUAGAGUUGCUGCCAUGUCGGUCGCUACUCGUGUGGCUGAAGAAAUGGGUGUCAAGGUUGGUAACGAGGUCGGAUAUUCCAUUCGAUUCGAGGAUGCAACCAGCGACAAGACCAUUCUCAAGUACAUGACUGAUGGUAUGUUGUUACGUGAGUUCUUGACCGAGCCAGAUCUCGGUAAAUAUUCCGCCUUGAUGAUCGACGAAGCUCACGAACGUACAUUACACACCGAUAUUUUGUUUGGUUUGAUCAAGGACAUUGCGCGUGGCAGACCAGAUCUGAAGAUUCUCAUCUCAUCUGCCACUCUUGAUGCACAGAAGUUCUCAUCCUACUUUGAUGACGCUCCGAUUAUGAACAUUCCUGGAAGAACUUUCGACGUUGAGAUGAACUACAGCAUGCAACCAGAAGCCAACUAUCUAUCUGCUGCAAUCACGACAGUCUUCCAGAUCCAUCUUUCUCAACCCAUGCCGGGCGACAUUCUGGUAUUCUUGACUGGACAAGAUGAGAUUGAGCAAGCAAAUGAAUCUUUGCAGGAAACUGCGCGAAAGCUGGGUGCUGCUGCUGGAGAACUCAUGAUAUGUCCCAUUUAUGCGAACUUGCCCACCGAUAUGCAAAACCGAAUUUUCGAACCGACGCCACCAAAGGUCCGCAAAGUCGUCUUGGCUACCAACAUUGCCGAGACGAGUUUGACAAUUGACAACAUCGUAUACGUUAUUGAUCCUGGCUAUGUCAAAGAGAAUCGAUAUACUCCAGCCACCAACAUGGAAAGUCUUGUCGCCGUACCCAUUUCGCGCGCUUCCGCGAAUCAACGUGCGGGAAGAGCAGGACGUACAGGCCCUGGUAAAUGUUUCCGUCUGUAUACGAAGUGGGCCUUCUACAACGACUUGCCGGAAUCAACUACACCCGAAAUCCAGAGGACCAAUCUGACAAGUGUAGUUUUACUGCUCAAGUCGUUGGGCAUCAAUGACCUGCUCAACUUUGAGUUUUUGGAUCCGCCAUCUCCUGAUAUGCUUAUCCGUUCGCUGGAACAGCUGUACGCUCUAGGAGCUCUGAACGAUAAGGGCGAACUCACACGCGUUGGCCGACAAAUGGCGGAGUUCCCAACAGACCCCCUGCUGGCGAAGGCAAUCCUUGCGGCCGACAAGGAGGGCUGUGUGGAAGAAGUCUUGUCAAUUGUCUCCAUGCUUGGUGAAGCAAGUGCCCUCUUCUAUAGACCAAAAGACAAGAAGACACAGGCAGACACAACAAGAGAGCGAUUCACUGUCAAAGAUGGCGGUGAUCAUCUCACAUACCUCAACAUCUGGAAUCAGUGGGUUGACUCGGACUUCUCUCAAGUAUGGGCAAAGGAGAAUUUCUUGCAGCAACGCAGUCUCACACGCGCAAGAGACGUGCGCGAUCAAUUAGCAAAGCUUUGUGACCGCGUUGAAGUCACUGUAAGCUCAUGCGGCGCCAGCAACAUCCCGCCAAUCCUCAAGGCACUCACUGCAGGCUUCUUCCCCAAUGCCGCACGUAUACAACGAGGAGGAGACAGCUACCGCACUGUCAAGAACAACCAAACCACUUGGUUGCAUCCUUCAUCAGUCUUGGCUGCGACUGGAAACCGCCCCAAAUGGACCAUCUACCACGAACUCGUCCUUACUAGCAAGGAGUUUAUGCGCUCGUGUUUCCCUCUUCAACCAGAAUGGCUAUCUGAGGUGGCGCCGCAUUACUACAAGCCUAAGGAUGUCGAAGCUCUGGGAGUCGAUAAGAAGAUGCCAAAGGGCCAGGGUGCUGCUUCUAGCCGCCUGUGA